AUGUCUCCAGAAUAUAUAUCUUAUUCUGCACACCUAUUACAUACAGAAUAUAUCUCUUAUACCACACACCUAUUACAUACAGAAUAUAUCUCUUAUACCACACACCUAUUACAUACAGAAUAUAUCUUUUAUACCACACACCUAUUACAUAUAGAAUAUAUCUCUUAUACCACACACCUAUUACAUACAGAAUAUAUAUCUCUUAUACCACACACCUAUUACAAAUAUAUCUCUUAUACCACACACCUAUUAGAUACAGAAUAUAUCUCUUAUAUCACACACCUAUUACAUACAGAAUAUAUCUCUUAUUCUGCACACCUAUUACAUACAGAAUAUAUAUCUUAUACCACACACCUAUUACAUACAGAAUAUAUCUCUUAUACCACACACAUAUUACAUACAGAAUAUAUCUCUUAUACCACACACCUAUUACAUACAAAAUAUAUCUCUUAUUCUGCA